AUGUCAUCACUCAUCGGAGUCGCUCUUGGCAUUCUGUCACUGGUGUCAGCAACAAUCCUACCUACCGGCAACAGGACAACUAUCAUCGAGAGAGAUGUUGUGAUUCUAGGCGGAGGUGCUUCUGGAGCUCACGCAGCCGUGAGACUCCGCGAAGACUAUAACAAGACAAUCGUCGUCGUGGAGAAACAGGACCGCAUUGGCGGUCACGUCGCAACCUUCACAGAUCCCGAAACUGGAAAUCCAUUUGACUUUGGUGUAAACUCGUAUACAGAUUACGGCGGCGCCCGCGACUUCUUCGCCCGCUUCAAUAUUUCUGUGCAGACUCCAGUCAGGCAGGUACUGACGACCACGUAUGCCGACUUCAGCACAGGAAAGACUACCAACUACUCCUUACCGGCUUCCGCGGACGCUACAGCUGCCCUGAAGGCUUAUCUCGAGCAGUGUGAGAAGUACGAAUCGUACAUUCUUCCCUCCUAUGCGAACUUCCCAAAGACAACCGUUGGUGUUCCUGAAGACCUUACCCUCAAGUUCUCCGACUUCGUCAAGAAACACAAUCUUCAGGCGGCUGUUCCUCGUAUCUUCCAAACCACCGGCCUUGGUCUGGGCAAUAUCGCCGACCAGACAACGUUGUACGUCAUGCAGGGCUUCGGCGCACCCAUCACUCGGUCAUUCCUGGGCACGGUGGGUUCCUUCGUGCCUGUGUCCAGGCGCAACCAAGACAUUUACGAUGCCGUUGCAGACCUCCUCGGCGACGAUGUCCUCUACUCGUCCACAGCUAUCAAGACCUCCCGUACCGAGGACGGCGUGGAGGUUCUUGUCCAUGGUCCCGACAAUAAGCAAACACUGAUCCGGGCCAAGAAGCUUCUCAUCUCUUUUGAGCCUACGAUCGCCAACUUUGACGGCAUUGAUAUCAGCGACGAGGAGGCGACUGUCUUCUCAAGUUGGGAGUGGACCACCGUCCACGCCGGCAUCGUCUCUCACCCUUCCCUGCCCAUCAGCUACUCCCUCACGAACAACGUUCCUACAAACUGGAUCUCCCUUCCUAAGACUCCCUUCGUUGGGCGCUUCGAUUACCUCGGCGACGACAACUUUCGCGUGCUCAUCACCGGCUCCUCCGAUUACGAUAGCACUCAGGCGCAAGCGCUGGUCAGGAAAUCCCUCAGGUUGCUAGCUGACGCUGGCACGAUCCCGAGCCUCGGUGCCGAGCAGCUCAAUGUGAAAGCCUGGGCUAAUCAUGGUGCCGUGAGUCUGCGUGUGCCUGGCGCUGAGCUAGCAGCUGGACAUAUUACCGAGCAGUACGCUCUUCAGGGUCGGAGAAGCACAUACUACACGGGGGCUGCGUGGUCUGCCCAGUUCACCACCAUCUUGUGGGAGUACAACAACCAGUAUCUCCUACCAAAGCUGCUGGCAGAGUUUUAA